UAAUUGACACUGUCACCAACAUUCAAUUUUUAAUAACUAUAUAUUUAAUAUAUUUUUUCCAACUUAAAUAUGCCUCCAAAACCAGUGUUAACCCCCGAAGAAAAAAAGGCGCUGAAAAAUGCAAAGAAAGCGGAAAAAAAACGAAAACAAGUGGAAAAAAAGAAGCAGCUCAAGAGAGACCAAUUGGAUAGAGAAAUAAAAUAUGGCACGGUGACUUUAAGGAGGCAAGAAAAAAACUGGAGAAAAAUGCUGAUCGAUAUCACCGUGCCGGAGAUGCGAAAAGAUUUGGAAUUCGCGUGGCAUAACUUUGAGAGGGUGAUUGAUUGCAAGGAUUUUGCCAUAUCGCUGCUCAUGGAUGAAUUGGAUAAAGCGAAUAAGCAAUACGUGUUAAAUCUGAAGAGUCAUUCGGAGCACAUUGAUAUGCUGAUACAAAUGUUCGAGGAGAGGAUGUAUGAGCUUUAUGCGGAUUUUAACAAACAAGCUCAUGACCUGCAACAAGAACAUGAAGCAUAUAGGGAAAAGCAACUGGAGUCGAGUGCGGAAGAAGAAAACUACAUAAAAACGAUCUUACACAUUUUACAAAUCGAGAUGAAAACCGUAAAGCGUACCAGACACGCCGAAUACUUUUCCAAAUUGGAAGAACAAGACUCUAAGCAACAUCAGCUGAUUCAAACUAUGAAAGGUAUAUUGGAACAAGUACAUCUACAAUUAUGGACUGAUACCGUCGAUUUUCUUGAAAAUUUUAAACAUAAAAUUAAGGAAAGGAAGAAGAUGCAUAAUGAGUUAAAAACUGAAGACGAUCGCUUGCAAAAGCUCAUUAAAAAGCAGCUGGAACACAUAAGAAAAUCUUAUAAUAUCAUUAGGAGCUUAAAAGUAAAAAAAGCUGAGUUAGAAAAGUUCCUUGGCAGGAAGUUUGCCGAUUUACAGUCGGAAUUUGAUUUCUUCACCAUGGCAUUUGAUUUAUUAAAAGCCAAGUUAGAUCAAGACAGAAAAGUCGAUUUUGAAAAACUCAACUGCCUGACCACGAGCUACAACGACAUAAUCACUUAUUUAGAAGAACUCGAGGUAAAGGGAAGGCACAUUUUACACGUUUGCGGUAUAUGUCGAAAACUGGAAACUCUCGAAGAAAAAAUCUUACCGUUUCCAGUUAAUUUUCUAACUGAAAUGUCAAAAGUCAGUUUGAAUGAUGUGGACGGGUAUAUAGAAGUAUUGGAUCUGUUUUGGCAACGGGUGGGUAAAGCUGACGCAUCCAGAUAUGCAGUAAACGAAGAACGCGAGUUCUUGAUAACGGAAAACGAUAUAUUAAAGCAGCGACUAUAUCAAUAUUGCCAGUGUUUAAAGUGUGAUAACUAUGAACCAUUUAAAGUAACUCCCGGGCUUUGCAGAACUAUAACUGAAGGCACUUACGAAUUGAAGAAGUAUGGGAAACAUGGCAUGGCUAAUAAGUUUUAUGACGAAGAUGAUGAUUCUUUGGGUAACAGUGUGAGCUUACUUAGCUGGAAUCAAUUUAAUACACAGACUUAAUAUUUUAUAUUUAUAAAUAAAAUGUUAUAUUUUCACUA